CCAGAAGUAAUUUUCCACCCAGAAAGUGACUUCUUUGUUGCCACCAUUGAUUCAUACCAGGAAAAUAUCUGAUAGGAUGAGAGUUUUUCAUGGGUUUUGAAACACUUAUUCUUUUUAUUCUUUCUUUCUUUUAGAUUUAUUUAUUUAUUAGAGCGAGAGAGAGAGAAAGCAUGAGCGAGGGGAGAGGCAGAGGGAGAGGGAAAGAUGCAGACUCCCUGGUGAGCACAGGGCCCAACUUGGGGCUCAAUCCCAAGAGCCUGAGAUCAUGACCUGAGCAGAAACCAAGAGUGGGGCGCUUAACUGACUGAGCCACCCAACACUUUUGCUCUUCUGAGUGAAUAUCACAACUCCGUGGUUUUAUCCCAUAAACUCAGUGUUGUUUUUCUUCUGCUCUCCAUUAUCUUUCCUUUGUUUCAACCUUCCUAAGCAUAACUCCUUAACUUGGGUUGAAAGGAGAUCUGUUUUAACCUGCUUAAGAAUGAAGAAGUAGGGGCGCCUGGGUGGCUCAAUUGUUAAGCGUCUGCCUUCAGCGCAGGUCAUGAUCCCAGGGUCCUGGGAUCAAGCCCCACAUUGGGCUCCCUGCUCCGUGGGAAGCCUGUUUCUCCCUCUCCCACUCCCCCUGCUUGUGUUCCCUCUCUCGCUGUGUCUCUCUCUGUCAAAUAAAUAAAUAAAUAAAUCUUAAAAAAAAAAAAAAGAAUGAAGCAGUAAAAAGCACGAUUGCACUUUACUGUUCGAAGGCGGCACUAUGUAAAGCAGGGGGGUGGCACGCUAGAGCCAUAGGCUAAAUGCCACCUAGUUUUGUCAGUAAAGCUCCAUUGGCACACAGCUGCACCCAUUUUUUUUUUUUGCUAUUGUCUAUGGCUGCUUUCCUGCUACCAGGGCAGAGCUGAAUAGUUGUUGGAGACCCACAAAACCUAAAACAUUACUCUCUGGUGCUUCACAGAAUAAGUUUGUUGACUGUUAUCCGAAAGGAGUGCGACAAGAAAACUGUACAAGUCUCCGAUGGGGUCUCGGUUUUCAAAAUCUUUUUUCUAUAUAGUGAAGACAUGUUCUUUAAAAGGUUCUAGAAGAAUUCCUGACAUGAGGUCCCACAUUGAAAGACUACAGAAAAGUCUCUCUUCAACUUCUUUCUUCAGCCACCUUGUUCCCUUCCCUGGAGGCUGUUUUAUCAAAUUGUUCUGGGUCCUGCCUGCUAUGUACCAUGCAAAGGUGAUUGUUUUAUCAUAAUGUUUAAGCAGCGUUCUUAUUUUGGAUGAAAUUAUAUUUCUCUCUUUAGUGAGAAAAGAAUAAUUAUGGACUAAUAAAAAAUGUACAGGGGAAAGGUUCAGCUUGUGACGGAUAUUGUGCGCAUGCUGUGGGUCCAGCCCUCAACUGAUGCAGCAGAGAAUAUGGAAGACCUGCAGGAUGUGGUCUGGCUGGGGGAGGGCCCAAUAUGAUGCUUGAACUGAAUCCUGAAGGAUGAGUAGGAGUAGAGUAGAUGCAUCUUUAUGUUAGAAACACUGGCAGGGGAGCGUCUGGGUGGCUCAGUCGUUAAGCGUCUGCCUUCGGCUCAGGUCCUGAUCCCAGGGUCCUGGGAUCGAGCCCCACAUCGGGCUCCCUGCUCUGCGGGGUGUCUGCUUCUCCCUCUCCCACUCCCCCUGCUUGUGUUCCCUCUCUCACUGUAUCUCUCUCUGUCAAAUAAAUAAAUAAAAUCUUUAAAAAAAAAAAAGAAAAACACUGGCAUGGCCAGUCAUUGGCUACUCCAAACAUUUCCCAAGGAUGCACUCGAAACAUAGUGAGCCCACUUCCUCCAUCUGGAGCAUCCUGAAAAUUGUGAGUCAUUGUGAGGGCUCUCUGUAUUCUCACUAACAGGCAGAGAGGCUUUGGUGGUGAGAAACCCAGCUUCCCACCCUAGACUUUAGAAUAGCUCCACGAUCUUUUUUCUCUUCCCUGCUCUACCCCAGCUGCUCUCUAGACCAGUGCUAUCCAAAAAACAAAACGUAAAAUAAAAUAAAAUAAAAUAAAAUGUGAGCCACAUGUAUUAUUUGACAUUUUCUGGUGGCCAUAUUAAAAAGUAGAAAGAAACAGAUGAAAUUAAUUUUAGUAGUAUAAUAUUAUAUGUAUUAACUUCAGUAGUAUAAUGUUAUAUUAUACUACCAAAUGCUAUAGCAAUUAUACAACACAGCUCUAGAUUCUGUAUAAAGAGGAUGUACAGAUCUACCACUUGCUCAUGGCAGAAUCCCUGGGUAUGUGUCACAAAGCACAAGUAUAUAUAUUAAUAUCUCAAUGCAUCUCACGUUGGGUUAUGAAUAUCUUUGUGUUUGAGAUGUGAAGGGGUUCAGGACAGACACCCCCCCCCCCCCCCAGAAUGUGCCACUUUGGCAUGUGGAUUAUUUUGAGCUGAAGGCACUUGAAACUCUGCAGGAGUCUCAAGAGAAACUUGUCCCUCCCUUAACCACACAGAAGAAUCUAAAUUGGGGGUUUUCCCAGAAUAAGGGUUAUUAACAGAGAUAAAUUUUAUCUGAGUGACCCAUCUGGAUGGUAGGGCAAACAUAAUUACUAAACCUCUGCUCUUCUUACCACCCUGUGAAAUGCAUUCCUUUCUUCUGAACUCCCAGACCCCUACCCGCCCCUCCUUGGUUCAGAAUGACAUAUAGACCUCAUUUUGCCUGACUGUUUUUGGAAUUUCCAUGUCUACAUGGAUUCCCCGUAUGUAUGCCUGUUAAAUUUGAUUUUCUUCUGUUAAUCUGCCUCAUGUCAAUAUGAUUCUUAGUCCAGCCAGAAGGACCUUUGAGGGGACAGGAAUUCUUCCUCCCCAACAAGCUGAAAGCAGUAUAUUGCAGUCAUGUAUGAGGCUUGCUAUUGGAUUUGGUAGUCGGCCUUCUUGCUGUUUUUUUCUGGUGGCUCUCCAGGUCCUCUAGCCCUACCUUUGCCUCUGGAUUUUGAGAAAGUACUUCCUUCUUUCUUCCUUAGAAUUCUCCAGAUGCUGCAUUGCAUUCUUAAACAGAGAGAAGAUGUCAGUCAGUUGGGUUUGCUGUUCUAGCAUUUGUCACUCUCUACGCAGGACCGUUGUAGAGGAAAUUUACUUGGCAGGUCCUUUCAGAUUCUCCUUAAGAACAUUUGCAAGUGGGGCGCCUGGGUGGCUCAGUCGUUAAGCGUCUGCCUUCAGCUCAGGUCAUGUUCCCAGGGUCCUGGGAUUGAGCCCCUCAUUGGGCUCCCUGCUCAGCGGGAAGCCUGCUUCUCCCUCUCCCACUCCCCCUGCUUGUGUUCCCUCUCUCUCUGUCUCUCUCUCUGUCAAAUAAAUAAGUAAAAAUCUUUUAAAAAAACAAAAAAACAUUUGCAAGUAAUGAGCAAUUUUUGCGUUCAAAGGAGAAUAACAUUGACAGUAAAAUCUAAUUGCCAGUGUUGUACUUCUACAUUCUGUCUUUAAAAAAUUUAUCUGAGUAUAGUUGUUACAUAGUGUUACAUUAGUUUCACAUGUACAACACAGUGAUUCAAAGAUUUUGUCCUUGAUAUGGAUAUAGUUUAUAAAAUAGCAGACCUCCUUGCAAAUUUCAGGUAGAAGUUACUGGUGAUUAGCAAAUUUGGCCCUUCUCAUCAUUAGAAUGGAAAAAAAAUGGAACUUUUAUUUAUUUUUUAUUUUUUUUAAUUUUUAAAGAUUUUACUUAUUUAUUUGUCAGAGAGAGAGAGAGAGAGCACAGGCAGGGGGAGCGGCAGGCUCCCAGCUGAGCAAGGAUCCCGAUGUGGGACUCCAUUCCAGGGUCCCGGGAUCAUGACCUGAGCCGAAGGCAGAUGCUUAACUGACUGAGCCACCCAGGUGCCCCAAUCAAACAUUUUUUUGACUCAACUUUGCUAAUAGGGUGGGUGCUAGACAGUGACUUGGAGUCCUGUAUUCAGAGAAUUCAAUCUGAUAUUAGGGGCAGUUAGGAAGAGAUUCAUAGCCAAGUAACAUCUGAUUCUUUCGAGUGCUUCAAUGGCGAGAUAGAAUAAUGUCAUGGCAUCUUACUGGGGAGGUGAUGACAUGGAUGCAAGGCUUUCUAUGUUACCGAGAGAAGCUGCCCACGCAUGUGGACAUGCACAAGAAUGAUUUGCUCCAACCUAGAAUAGAGUUGGGUAAAUUUCUGAAAUUGUGACAUGUUUUAUGAAGGGAUUCUAUAAUAGCAAUAAUGGGACUUUCAGCUGUUGAAUGAACAGUGGGAAAUGCUAUGCAGAUGGGAAUUUAUUAAAUUCGUAAAUUGCACCAAGCCUCCCUUUCUACAGCUCUCUUGAUUCCUGGCCAUUUCCGGCUUGAUAAUAAAUAAUUGUAUAUUAGGAUAGUUCUUCUCUAAUCUAAAAGAGAAUAAUGGCCUGUAGCAGGUGGGGAGUCUCUAAUGCUAAUGACCCAAUCAAAGUUGUUUUAAAAUGUCAGUUAACAAAGGCGAACCAUAAUAUUGGAGCAGAAAAUCCUUUAAGUGGCUACAUAAAGGAUGCCUUUCUAAUAGCUAUGUAAAUGAUGUUUUCCUUAAUUUAGGAGUGAGAUUUAAUGUUUAUUGGACAUUUGUUUUAAAUUUAGCAUGUCGUCUAGUCUGUUGAUCUCAACAGUGCAUUUCAAUUCAGACUAAGCCCGUUUUAAGUGCUCAAUAGUGGUUCUCUCUGGCGUGCCAGGCUCUGUGGCUGGGGGCACAGAAAUAGGAAGCUUUGGUGUCCAGAAUACAUCCUUAAUAAGAGUUUAUAUAUAAUGUUACUUCUGUCCUUAGUGAUUAGGGGAAUAUGAGGGCGGGGCUAACCUUAACCUAUGGUUUGUAUCUUGCAAAGCUGGGACUCACCAAAGCCAAAGCCCCCUUCAUGGAGAGAAUGGAGCUGAAUUCUCAGAGCAAACUGCCUGGUCAGGGGUGGCCUCCCUGGAAAACUACUGACCUGAAUUAGAUAGAAGGCAGCCUCCCCCAUAACAGCAUCCUCUUGAUCAUCACACUUGAUCAGAGUGUGGUAGUGUUUCUCUGCAUCUGUUUUCUCUGUGUUUAAUCUGGAGCCAGACAAUAUGGUUUGGCUAGUUUUGGAAUAGCAGUUAUUUGCUUUUGGUAUCUUUCGGGUCUUGCAGAAACAGGCCAGCUUAACCCAAUUCAGCCCAGGCAGAAAGAAUUCAGAAAGAGCAUCAAAGGAAAAAUAACAUAUAACCUAGAAUAUCACAUGGAAAUACAGCACAGCUCAGGUAAAUGCUUGAGGUAUUUUUAUUUUGUUUUAUCUUGCUUUCUUUGAUUCCUCAACUGCAACUUCAUUCUUAGGCCACCCAUAGAAACUCAGGAAGACAACCAUGAUAGCUACUAACUAACUAAACAUGAUAGCUACUAACUUCAGGGGUUAAGCUACUUCGAAUUUACAUCCUAGAAAUAAGGCUUAUUAUGAAGGCCAAACUGCCCUUGGUGGGAUUCCACAGCUGUGAGAAAAUGCAGCCGACCCAAACAAGGUAAUGUAUUUUUUGUCCACGCCAGAGGUUUUCUUCAGCAAAGAGGUAGGUAAAUAUGGUGGCAUAUACUUAUCACAUAACUGAAAAUGUCUUUUUUUUUUUUUAAUAAGACAUCUCUUUUUUUCACCCAGAGACACACCUGGAAGUGACUUACCAUGCAAGGGAGCAUAUGUGUUGCCAAAAACUUUUUAAGCCCUUUUGCCAUACCUUAUUUAACUUAAGAAAUCCUAUUUUAUGAUAGUCAUCAAAGACAAAGUGGUAAAAUUAUAAAUCACUUACAUGUAAUGCAGCUAUAUGAAAAACAGUAAGAGUAUAAGUCAUUUACGUGCAAAAUAGCUAUAUGAAAUCACAUUAAAAAGUAACUCACCAAGGGGCGCCUGGCUGGCUCAGUUGGUAGAGCAUGCAACUCUUUUUUUUUUUUUUUAAAGAUUUUAUUUAUUUAUUCAUGAGAGACAGAGAGAGAGAGAGAGGGAAAGAGAGAGGGAGGCAGAGGGAGGGGCAGGGAGCCCGAUGCGGGACUCGAUCCCAGAAUGCUGGAAUCAUGACCUGAGCUGAAGGCAGAUGCUUAACCAUCUGAGCCACCCAGGGGCCCCGAGCAUGCAACUCUUGACCUCGGGGUCAUGAAUUUGAGCCCCACGUUGGGUGUGGAGCCUUCUUUUUAAAAAAGUAAUUCGGGGAGGGGGCCGAGGCCGGGUCACCUUUACUGGGCCGGGAAGGCAGGGGUUUGGCUCUGGCAACCGCGCUGCGAUGUGGUUCGAGAUCCUGCCCGGGAUCGGCGUCACGGCCGUGUGCUUGGUCCUCCCGGGCAUGGCCACAGCGCACAUCCACAGGUUCAGUAACGGGGGCAAGGAAAAAAGGGUUGCCUAUUAUCCAUAUCAGUGGAGUUUGAUGCAAAGAGAUAGGCGGGUCUCUGGAGUUAAUCGUUACUAUGUGUCAAAGGGUUUGGAGAAUAUCGAUUAAGGAAGCAUUUUCCUGAUUGAUGAAAAGUAACUCAGUCAUACUCAUCUACCCCUUCUAGAAGGUUAUGCAGUGUAUUAAUGUAGUGCAUAAUAAAAACAACAAAAAAGUAAAA